UUCACUCUCCCCAGAGUCCAGUGAGUCUUCUCCGCUCCGGUAACUCCACCGUGGUCUCCUCCUCCCCCGGUCCUCUCCUCGGUUGCCAUUGGCGAGGCCGAGGUGGCGUCAAAGCCAUUUCUUUAAGCGCCCGGGCACACUUCCCUCCCCGCACGACGGACCCCCCACCACUCCUCCUCCACCACCACCACCAGCACCUCCCCCUCCCCCCUGCCGUCGCACCUACCCCCAUUGCCCCCCUCCGCCGGCGGGAACCGACCGAGGAGGACCCCAUGAGAGCCCGACGCGCAGUCGGAGAAGCCCCAUGACAACCGGACGCCGCCCGCCCGUCCCCGUCGAAUGGCAGAUCCCGUCGUCGACAUCGACAAGGCGCUUAUCGCUUUGAAGAAAGGCACCCAGCUGCUUAAGUAUGGUCGCAAAGGGAAGCCAAAGUUUACUCCCUUCAGACUGUCAACUGAUGAAUCGACUCUUAUUUGGGUCUCAAGCAACCAAGAGAAAAGUUUAAAACUAGCUUCUGUGUCCAGAGUUCUCUCAGGACAAAGAACUCUGGUUUUCCAACGUUUUCUGCUCCCUGAGAAGGACCAUUUAUCCUUCUCUCUCAUAUAUAAAGAUGGCAAGCGAUCACUCGAUCUGAUCUGCAAGGAUAAGGUUGAAACACAGGUGUGGUUUACAUGCCUCAGUGCAUUGGUAUCUCCAGGCAAGCACAGAUCCCAACCCCAACACACGGACGAAAUGCGCAGUAGUGCCCUUUCUUUUGAUUGUGGCAGAGAAAGUAGCCUAAGCAGUAGCUCUACAUUUACCACUGAUUCCCUCGAGAACAAGUUGAGCUCAGCAAAUUCCAAGGACCGUUCUUCUGGGGAAUAUGCAUAUUCAGAAAGGACAGAUGUGUCAGAUAUGCAAGUGAAAAGUGUAUCUUCAUCAGACAUUCGAGUCAGUGUCUCCAGUGCUCUCAGCACAUCCAGCCAUGGUUCUGGUGGCGAGGAUUCUGAAUCGUUCGGGGAUGUUUAUGUCUGGGGAGAAGUCAUGUGUGACACCACUUCCAUAUCAGGGUCUGAUGGAAAUGCACUCUCCCCUGGUGCAAUCACUGAUAUCCUUGUACCGAAGCCCCUAGAGUCAAAUGUAAUGCUUGAUGUCAGUUAUGUGGCUUGUGGUGUGAAGCAUGCUGCACUUAUCACAAGGCAGACAGAGGUAUUUACAUGGGGAGAAGAAUGCAGUGGGCGGCUUGGUCACGGGGCUGGUACAAGCAUUUUUCAACCACGUCUACUCGAGUCAUUGUCAACUUGCAACGUUGAAAUAAUGGCUUGUGGCGAGUUCCAUACUUGUGCUGUUACAGCAACAGGUGAUCUUUACACCUGGGGAGAUGGUACCCACAAUGCCGGACUCCUUGGUCAUGGUAGUACCGUGAGUCACUGGAUACCCAAAAGGGUUUCUGGUCCUCUGGAAGGCCUUCAGGUGUCGACUGUCUCUUGCGGAACAUGGCAUACCGCUUUGAUAACUACUUCUGGACUGUUGUACACAUUUGGAGAUGGCACAUUUGGCGCCUUAGGUCAUGGGAAUCGAGAAACAAUCUCGUAUCCGAAGGAGGUGGAAUCUUUGAAGGGCUUGAGGACGAUUUCUGUUUCAUGUGGGGUGUGGCAUAGUGCUGCUGUUGUUGAGGUUAUCAUGACACAGUCAAAUGCUUCAUCUGGAAAGCUAUUUACAUGGGGAGAUGGAGACAAAUAUCGGCUUGGGCAUGGUGACAGGGCUACAAAACUCAAACCAACUUGUGUGUCUUCACUGAUAGACUACAACUUCCAUAAGUCAGCAUGUGGCCAUACUCUUACGAUUGGGUUGACAACUUCAGGGCACAUGUUUACUGUCGGGAGCUCUGUGUAUGGACAGCUUGGCAAUCCCAAUAAUGAUGGAAGGUAUGCACGCCUAGUUGAAGAUAAGGUCGGAGGCGGUGGUGUUGUGGAGGUUGCUUGUGGAUCUUAUCAUGUUGCAGUUUUGACAAAUGCUGGUGAAGUUUACACAUGGGGUAAGGGUGCAAAUGGAAGACUGGGCCACGGCGAUAUUGCAGAUCGCAAGGUACCUACACUUGUGGAGGCUUUAAGGGAUAGGUCUGUAAAGCGCAUUGCUUGUGGAUCAGGCUUCACAGCUGCAAUUUGUCAGCAUAAAUGGGUGUCAGGGAUGGAGCAGUCUCAGUGCUCAGCAUGCAGACAGCCAUUCGGUUUCACUCGAAAGCGACACAACUGUUACCAUUGUGGCCUGGUACACUGUCAUUCAUGCAGUUCAAAGAAGGCCCUAAGAGCGGCGUUGUCUCCUAAUCCUGGAAAGCCAUACCGUGUGUGCGAUUCAUGUCAUAUGAAGCUAAGUAAAGUCAUGGAUUCUGGUGUCAGCUAUAGCAGGAACAAUAUACCUCGCGUACCAGGUGAUACCAAGGCUGAGAGAAUGGACACAAAGGCAAGCAGAGUUGCAUCAUCUACCAGUUCGGAUAUGAUCAAGAGCUUGGACGUGAAGGCAGCAAAGCAGGCAAAAAGGUCUGAUCAUUCGCCGCAGUUCCCUGCAAUUUUGCAGAUGAAUGACGUCCCGUUCAUCGGAUCAGGUGACCUGCACAAUGCAGGUUUUACAGUAACAAACGGAUACCCGAAUGACCCCAGAUAUACGUCACAAUUUUUAAGAAUGCCGUACUUGAGUUCUCCGAGCUCGUUGUCUUCAGAAAGCCUUGAGAGUUUCAGAGAUGCGAACGAACUUUUGAAGCAAGAGGUUCAAAAACUAAAAGAAGAGGUUAAUAGCUUGAGACAGCAACGUGAACUGCAAGACGCCGAGUUGAAGAAGUCGGAGGCAAAAGCCAGUGAGGCCGCGGCCCUUGCUGCUGAAGAGGCGUCCAAAUCGAAGGCCGCAAAAGAGGUUAUAAAAUCACUAACGGCGCAGGUAAAAGAAAUGGCUGAGAGGCUUCCUGCAGGAGACUCUGAUGUGAAGCCGCCACGGGUCCCAUAUCUACCUGCUGGUGGUGUAGUUUCUCCUGAAAUGGGGAGAGAAGGCCAGAAGAGAUAUGAGCCAGUAUCCAUUCAUUAUUCUCAGACACCGACUUCUGUCACGUCUGCUUGGUCUAAUGGGCUCCCUCCCCAAGCCCAUCAAAUAGGUAAACCUAGCGACAACACGGUGGCUCCACACGAGAACAUGUUUGAAAACUUCAACAAAAGCAGAGAUUUUCCAGCCACACACCAGAGGACGAACAGUGGGAUGGCAGGGUAUCGUCCAAGAUCAGAGGAUUUUGAUCGCCGGGAAACGGAAAGGUUCCAGAUAAACCUGCAAGACUGGAACACAAGAGGCUCCGGUUCACCCAAUAAUCAGGUUGAGUCCGAGUGGAUAGAACAAUUUGAGCCUGGGGUGUACCUGACACUGGUUACUCUUCAUGAUGGAACCAAAGAGCUGAAAAGAGUGCGGUUCAGCCGGAGAAGAUUCGCGGAGCAUCAAGCGGAGUCGUGGUGGAGCGACAACCAUGAAAAGGUGUACGACAAGUACAACUUGCGGAGAACUGACCGGAUCUCUUCAGUAUUGACAUCAUAGUGUCCGCACCUGCGUUUUGAAGAUGUCGAAUAAACCGGCACGGCGCGAAACCAGCACAGCAAGUGUGCGGAUCGGGUGCUCCGAUCGGUCAUAUGUGCACGGGUGCUCAAGGUUGUUCGUCGACAUGGCGCGUGUCGUCCUGGUUUCUUCCUGACUCCCCUUCACAUCUGUCUGUACCCUCCUGUUGUAUAGAAGAACCAUGAUAUGUGCGGUUGGCACGGCUGGAGCAAACGGCGUGUGGUGCCUUCUGCUCUCCUGAGUACUAGUGAGCUGUGACCUGUAUGUAUGUUCCUUGGGAUUAAAUGGACGAGCCAAAGCUCUUCCAACUUGCCGCCGCUGGUGUAACAGUCAACCUAGUGAUAAGCUAGAUACUGAUGAAGUGUACGUGUGAUCUGCUAAGCUCGGAUCAGAAUUUA